AUUGCAUGAACCCAGAAGCACAAUUUCUUCAGUACACGAGGCGAACAAGGUGGGGAAAAUGGGUGAGUCGGUUGUGGAGAUUGGAAUUGAGUCGAUCCAAUCUGAGGCUUGGAAAAGGUUUUUGGGGACCCAAGGAAGAUGUAGGAGUCAAGAAUUCCGCUCGACGACCCUUGAAACGGAAACGCCCAAUUUUCAAAUUGGUUCGCCUGAAUCUGGGUUGGAGCUGCCGGAAUCUGGGCAGUUCAAAUUUUCCGGUGGCGGGAAACCUUCUCCACACAAUCCGCGACGAUUCGAGCACGACUAGAUCAUGGAAGAGGGCGCGAUUGCUUCCUGGAGGCAAGGUGCGAACGAUGACAGUAAGGGAUUGAAUCAAGGGCUCGACGAUCAGAAAUCCCCAAUAUUUUGGGACUCGUCGGAGUUCCAAAUGACACCGACAGCAGUCGAGUUUCCGUCAAUAUUUCAUUACCACAUUUGGGAUGCUUUUGUUGCUGCUCAUGGUUGCAGGUUAUUCCCAGCUUUGAGGUCAAAGCUUUUUGAACAGGGGAAGCCUGAUGUGAUCACAAAUUUGCACAUCUAUGACUUGGUAUCGUUUUCCAAAGAUUCGAUCUCUACACAAAUGAAGAACCGUAAAUUAUGGCUAAGUGUUUUGGUCAUUUCAGGAGGCAUACUUUGCACGUCUGGAACUUCCAAAUGGCUUGGUGGAAAUGCAAGCUUAAGCACUUGUUUUGAAGAUGGAGUAAUCUUCCUUGAGAUGGAAUGCUUGGGAGAGCAAGAAGAAGCCAGGAAGGCCCUCGUCCAAGUCGAUCAAAACCAUGUAUGCAAAAUUGAACUUUGCCAGAAUUUAGCCAAGGUAGGAGAGUUGUUCGAGGUAGCCACUUUGGGGCUUUAUUACUGGAGCUUGAGGUACGAGUAAGGGAUGAUUCUAGUUGGUGGCGAAAGUGUGCAACUUCCUAAACCACGAGAAGGAGUUGGCUGAGUUCAACGUGACCCAAAAGUCUAUUUCCUAGAAGCUCGAAGUGGGAAGGAAGGCUAGUUGUGAAACGUGUGUAGGAAGGCAGGUUCCCUUAUGCGAGUAGGAUUACUUGAGCUAGAAGAAGUCCUUAUUAGCUUAGAUUUCUUUCCCAAUUCUGUUCCAAAUUGUUUCCUUGUUUACGUAGGUUAGUUGUUUAUUCUUUUGGCUAUAAAAGCCUUGUUUGAUUCAUUGUAAAGACACGUUAAGUCUUAAUCAAAGAUCCCUUCAUGGAAUUACCCAAGCUUGUGAAGCUGGUUUGUUCUUGGUUGCUUUGCCAAGAAUUGCAGAUCAAUUGAACCAAGUAUUCCCAUUGGUUGAUUGAUAAAUUCAACCCUUGUUAGCCUCCUUCCCUUCGUGUUAAAGUUGCUUACUCGGUUAUCUCGUUUUCCAACAACUACAACCCCUAUGUUCUUACGAAACCCACCAUCGACACGACCUUCAUUGUUUCCAGCUGCGAAUUCUGAAUUGAGUGCUAUCUUGGGGCUCAUCACCUUCAUUUGCAUCAAUAAUACCUUGGCGGUGGCAAGGAAAGGGCACUUGGUUUAUUAAUUUGUUUCAUAUUUAUAUUAAAUUUUUUAUUGCAUUAGUUGUUUCUAACUAUACAUGGGUGUUUCUCUAUCAUCACCCUUCAUCUAAUUUCUUAAGAAAAUCCUACGUAAUACUCAAGUUUAUUGUAUUUAAUUUCCACUUCUUCUCCUCUGGCUGUUCAUCAUUGUCUUCAAUCGUCGCAUUCAGGCAUGCAUAAACACGUACAACCUUUAUUGUUCUUCGAGUAAUCGCAUUCGGAAUCCUUGCGGCAAGCUUAUAAACUCAAAUUUGAUUCGCCUCCUCACCUGUCUUCCUCUACCAUUGUCCUCAAUUCCCUCAUAUUCAGUUUGGGAAAUACCAACACUUUCGGUUCCCCCAAAAUACAAAACUCUAAUGACUUCUAGAUAAGCAUAAUCGAAAGAAUUUGAAUGGAAAAUUACGCUAUGGCUGUGGUGACCAUGAAGUUCAAAGUCUUUAAUCCCAAGGAUAUCGAGCUCUAGCAAUACCCAAUUUUUUAGUGGGCCACAUAAUUUGAAUUUACGUUCCACCAUGAGGCAUUUAAGAAGGAAAAGUUGUCUCGCAUGGAGACACUUCUGCUUUGCCUUUAUUGCAUUAGUUUUGAUUCUUCAUUUUUGAAGUGGUAUGAGAUAUAGCAUAGAUAAGAGCCUCCCUCGAAUUCCACCACAAGCAGAAGCUACUAUCUGGAGCCAAUUAAGGUCCUGCUAAUAUGAGCUCACAUUUUCAAGUCAGGAUCGUACGCAGUAAGGUCUCUGAGCUCUCUCUCUCUCUCUCUCUCUCUCUCUCUCUCUCUCUCUCUCUCUCUCUCUCUCUGUGUGUGUGUGUGUAUCUUCCUCUACCAAUCAUCAAACUAGGGGGCGGGUACAACAUCACAAUAACCUUGCACCUAGCUUUCUCGCCACCAGGCCAUCGAAGGAUCACUGAGCUCUCUCUCAACUUAUCGACAUUCUUUGAUUCCAUCGCGUCCUUGAAAUGGUCGCCCGUCGCCUGCUUAUAAAUGAUUCGCUUGGAAAAAAUAAUCUCUUUUGGUCUCAAAUUUUUUUAACUAACAUUACUCUGCCAAGUUACAUGAAAGAGAUCCCAGAAGUCUCAAGAAAAUUUAUUGCUAACUGCCCGAAGUGAGAAUAAAAAAAAUUAUUAUGUUAAAAGCAUUCCUUCAUAAUUAUGGGUCUCAUAACUAGACUGUUAGAUUAGUAAUAAUCACGCACUUACGCAAUUGCCACAGUGAAGCGUGGCGCAUACAAUCUAGUUCUUUUAAUUUCAUUCUCCACCCCAUGAAUCCCAUUUUUCACUAUAAAUAAGCAAAAUCCUCUGCCCCUCCCAAGAAUUCCAACCCUCACAUCACAUUUUUUUAAUUUCAUUCUUCAACCCAUGAAUCCCAACCCUCACAAUGAAUAAAAAAAUCUAUAGCCUAGCUCACGAGUUCCAUCCCACACGCAUGAAAAAACAAAAGUAGUGGAAUUCCUAAAUUGUUGCAUGGGUUAGAGUUAAGGUUUAACGAUAGAGUGGUGAAACACCUAAGUUAACCUUAAGUUGGUUCCUAAAGAUGAAUAUAAAACAUAUGACAUUGCUACUAUUCUUAAUUAUUCAAAAUGAAAAUUGAUAUGAGAGUUAUUUGAAGAUUUUUCAAAUUGAUAUACCUAAUCAUUAAUCAUUCUUCUAUACACAAGUUAUCAUCCAUUACUCACCUAUGUGAUGGAUUAGCCGAGAUAGGAAUGACAAAGCAAUUUGAUUUUGUUUACAGGUUGGUUUCUUCUUAUGAUUUUUCCAGCUUUCACUGCUUCGGGUGAACCUGAUUUUCAGCUAUAAAGAUAGCGAAUAAACUACGAAACAAAAUAAAUGAUGACUUUCUUGUUAUGUUUUAAUUAUAUAUAUUGAAUCUAGCUAAAAGUUAUUGUAUGUACGCUAUUUAGAUCUAUUUAGAUGACCUCAAAUAACACCGUAUACUUUUAAAAUUGUUAUGAAUUAUUAUUUUAUAUAUUUAACUACUUUUGGACCAAGUUAAAACCUUGGCUCUACCCUUGAUAUAUAAUUAUAUAUAGAGGUUACAAAUAGUAGCGUACACAGUAUUGUCGGAGAGGUUUGUCGUCAAUAAAUACGAUGAUAAUUAAAAAAUUAAAUUAAUAAAUUAAUUCGAAAUUAAUUUAUAAAAUUCACAAUAUCAUGUUUACAACGAAUAAUGACGAAUUUUCAUCUACUGAAAUGUCUCUAAAAUACAUUUAUCACAGGAUGGCGAUUUUUCCUCUGCCAAUGAAGGUGUUGAAGCUCAUUGACAAAAUCUGCAAUGCUUUUAUGUGGAAUGUGGGUGAAGGGGGUUCCAGGAAGACAGCUUCGGUUGCUUGGGGAUUAUGUGGCUUUGCCAAUAAAGGAAGGUGUCUUAUCAAUUUGGCUAGCCUGGAUUUCUAAGUAGUAAGUACAGGGUCAAGCAGAGAACGUUUUGGGGCUUGAAGGUCACUUCUAGUGGUUCUUGGGUGUGGAAACGCAUUCUCAAAUGCAGACCUCAAGUUCAGACUUCCAUUACUAGGAAUGGGGCCUCAUUACAAUGGGAUGGAGUUACACACAAAAAAAUUUCAGCCAAGGCAGUUUGGGCUUCCAUUCGUACUCCACACCAGUCAGAUCCUUGGUGUAAAGUGAUAUGGGUAAUGCCAUAUUAUCCUAAGAAUAAUUUGUUAGUAUGGUUAGUGGUAAUGGGUCGUAUAACUAUAAAGGACAAGCUGCUCAGUUGGAAGCUCGUUGGUGAGGAUAUAUGUGUGUUAUGUCCAGGAGGAUCAGAGUCUCGAACUCAUAUGUUUUGUUCUUGCUCUUAUUCACUGUGGGUAUUGCAGCAAGUUAUGCAGCAAAUUCACUGUGUGAUACCAGUUUUCUACAGCUGGGAGUAUCAUCUUCAAUGGGGGAUUGAUCGAUGGAGUGGAACAUGUGAUUAUGUAGUUGUUGGCGGGCUUCUCUGGAUCGUGACUUUAAGCCAUAUUUGGCGUGAGCGUUGUCGCCGAUUUGCUGGAGAAGGAGACUGGUGUUCUCCUAAUGGACUAACAAUGAAGAUUAAAAGUGAUGUUAGGCAUUGGGUAGCAGGUAAUCCAUAGAUCUAGGAGAUUUUUAGGAGAGUUUCCCCAUGACUUGGGUUUUUCUUUUACAGGAUUGUUUGUAUAGAUGCUAAGUUCCUGUAGGACUCAUGAGAGGAGUUUAAUGCUUGUUUGCAUCUCCCGAGCUUAAUGGCAAUUUUUGAUUAACGAAUCAAAAAAAAUCAAAUCUUUUUCAAAUAUACACAAUAAACAAUCAUUCAUAAAUUGGUCAUUUAACCGAUUUCGAAGAUCGUUCUUCAUUAUCUUCAUAGCUUAAAAUUUAGCAUCUUGCAGUUGCAACAUAUAAAGUCAAUACCAACUUCAAAAUCAAGUAUUCUGGUGGGUCUCGGCCGUGGUCGCUUGGGUUUUGAUGGUUUUUUGUUUCUCCCUAGGUCCAGCACACAUGUACAAUGGUAUGGCUUGUGGGGUUUUUUAAUAGCAAUUGAUAGUAUUAUGAGUUAUUUUAAAUAAAUUUAAAAGGAAUUA